AUGACGUACCCCAACACCAGCACACUUGCAGUCAAUGUCACUGAAGCUUUGGAUGGCCAUGACUCUGGAGGAAACAUCUACCGACCCUUUUCUGUUUUCAGCGUUCUCACUCUUACUUUACUGGCGAUGCUGGUGGUGGCCACUUUUGUUUGGAACUUGCUGGUGCUGAUCACCAUCCUGAGGGUGAGAACAUUUCACCGAGUGCCCCACAACCUGGUGGCUUCAAUGGCCAUCUCAGAUGUCAUGGUGGCUGCUCUGGUCAUGCCCCUCAGCCUAGUCCAUGAGCUGAACGGCAGGCUGUGGAAACUGGGGCGCGUGCUCUGCCAGGUGUGGAUCUCAUUCGAUGUUCUCUGCUGCACAGCCAGCAUCUGGAAUGUGACAGCCAUUGCGCUGGACCGCUACUGGUCCAUCACCAGGCACCUGGAGUACACACUCAAGACACGGAAAAAGAUCUCCAAUGUGAUGAUCGCACUCACUUGGCUGCUGUCCUCUAUCAUCUCCUUGUCGCCACUCUUCGGCUGGGGGGAGACAUACUCAGAGGGGAUGAAGUGCCAGGUGAGCCAGGAGCCUUCCUACACCAUUUUCUCCACCUUUGGGGCAUUUUACCUCCCUCUUUGUGUGGUUCUCUUUGUUUAUUGGAAGAUCUACAAGGCUGCCAAGUUUCGGAUUGGCUCCCGCAAGUCCAACACAAUCACACCCAUGGCUGAGGUAAAGGACGAGACACAGCAGCCCCAGAUGGUGUUUACUGUGCGCCAUGCCACUGUGACCUUCCAGACAGAUGGGGACACAUGGCGUGAGCAGAAGGAGAAAAAGGCAGCGCUGAUGGUAGGCAUUCUGAUUGGCGUGUUUGUACUUUGCUGGAUCCCGUUCUUCAUCACCGAGCUCAUCGUCCCACUGUGUUCCUGUGACAUCCCACCAAUCUGGAAGAGCAUCUUCUUGUGGCUGGGCUACUCCAACUCCUUCUUUAACCCACUUAUAUACACCGCCUUUAACAAGAACUACAACAACGCCCUGAGAAACCUCUUUUCCCGGCAGCGCUAA